AUGGCUUUUUCAGACGAUAAAUGUAAUUCUAGCUCAACAUUGACUACUCAGAUUAGCAAAGAAGCCAUUAAACGUGUACAUGAACAAAUAUUUGGCAAUCCAUUUAUCAUAAGUAACAGAUCUCAGUCCGGUUGUCUUUCUUCUCGCGUUCAAACCCCUCGAUUGCGUUUGCCAUGUCCAGAUUUUUCCAUUCAUUAUCGAACACCUUAUGCUGUUUGUUUAGAUAAAGCUAACUUGAAAUAUUAUCAGCAAUUAUAUAUCGAAACUAGACAAAACAAUCAUGCUCUACUCACAAAGUGUCCCUCUGAUUUUUCGCUUGGCGUCCUUCCAGGAGAUGUUAUCGCUUCUAUCAAUGACGUUGAUGUAAAGCAGCUUUCUUCAGAGGAUGUUAAGGAAAAAUUUGCAUCGGGUGGACCAAAUGAGCUAAAGUUAAUUCUGAUUCCAUCUGAAGGAUGUUUGGAACUUUCAACGCGUUCAAUUUAUUUGAAUGAUUGCCACCUUGAUUCUUUACAAAAUUUUCCCACUGUUAACAAUUCUAACUCAAGUUGUAUUUGUCUCAGAGGCUAUAUAAAAGAAAAAGGAUGUUUGAGAGGAAUCAAUGUUUCAAUAAAAAAGAUGUAUGUUAAUAUACUCCAUGAUAUUGCCUCUCAUUCUAACGGUUUGUGGUCAGUUGGUGAUAUUGUCUUAAUUACUCAUCGGGAUGGAUAUUCCAAUGGAGCCCUUGUUGAGAUUUUACCUGAAGACGAAUAUCAAGUCAAACUUGUUCCUGGAGAGCAAAUUCUUACAGUUAAUUCGGAUGAUAUCAAUAGAGUAAGCGUUCACAUUUUAAUUGUUUUAAUAAAGCUCAAAUAUUUUUGGUUAUUCAAUAAUAUAUUUUUCACAUACCGUUUUUAUUACCAUUUUUCAAUUUGUUGUUGUAUGCCUUAUUUCUCAAUAGUAUAA